AAACACAAAGUGAUGACAUCAUAAGCUAAGCGAGCGAUCGACAAUGGCGGUUGCAGCGACCAGAAUCCUAACGCCGGUAUCCAAAGCCGACGGAAGCUACCACAGACCCACUGAGCUCAAAGCUUUCGACGACACUAAAUCCGGCGUUAAAGGGUUAGUGGACGCCGGAAUUACUGAAAUCCCUCGAAUCUUUUACCAGCCACCGGAGUCCAACGACUCCGGCCAUGUUUCCGACGAGACCCAAAUCCAUAUUCCAAUGAUAAACCUCGACCACAUCGGAAAAACGCCGCUCAAACGAAAAUACACCGUCGACAGAAUCCGAGAAGCUUCAGAGAAAUUCGGGUUUUUCCAAUUGAUUAACCAUGGGAUUCCGGUGAGUGUUCUUGAAGAGAUGAAAGAUGGGGUUCGGAGAUUUCACGAACAAGAAACAGAGUUGAAGAAACAAUACUAUAGCCGUAACCUCACGAAGCCUCUGAUUUACACCAGUAAUUUCGAUCUGUAUUCCGCUCCGACCACCAAUUGGAGGGAUGCGUUUCGGUAUAUAAGUGUCCCAAGUUCUCACAAUCCGGAAGAUUUGCCGGAAAUUUGCAGAGGUUCCUCUGUUUUGUGCAGAGAUAUUCUGAUGGAUUACUCGAAACGAGUGAUGGAGAUUGGGAAAUUAGUGUUUGAAUUGCUGUCGGAAGCUCUGGGGUUGAAUCCAAAUUACUUGAACGGUGUAGACUGCGGCGAGGGGCUUUCUCUGGUUUGCCACUAUUACCCACCAUGCCCACAGCCGAAUUUGGCCAUUGGCACAUCGGAGCACACUGACAAUAGCUUUAUCACUGUGCUGUUGCAAGACCACAUCGGCGGCCUACAGAUUCGCCAUGAGAACAAUUGGGUGGACAUUCCCCCCGUCGCCGGAGCUUUAGUCGUCAACAUUGGAGAUCUUAUGCAGCUAAUAACGAACGACAAAUUCAGAAGCGUUAAACACAGAGUUCUGGCAAACAAAGAGGGUCCGAGAGUAUCAGUGGCGGGGUUUUUCUCCCCGCCGGUUUUGUCGGCCUCGAAAGUGUAUGGACCUAUAAAGGAAUUGGUAUCAGAAGAAACUCCUGCAAUAUACAGAGAUACCACAAUCGGAGAAUUCAAUACCCAAUUCCAUUCAAAAGGCAUUGGAACUUCUACUUUGCAGCAGUUCAAGCUGAGUCAAGCACAUAUUUAGCUUGUUCUUGAAGGAAAAUAAGGAACAUAGAGUGAUCGAUUCCGGGUUUUAAUGAACACACACAAUCUAGAGCCAAAAACUAAACUAAACCAUCUUCCAUGGUGGUGUUGUCGACCCAAUAGUUUAGGUUACAUGUUUAAAAUUGAUAUGAUCGAGAUCUCAUGGAGUGAUUCCAAUCUCAAACGAGUUAAUCUGAA